ACACACAGUCUUAGAAAGUAAAGCUUACAUAAAUAUAAAUACUAUAUCUAAAAAUAGGAAACCAAGAAAGAAGAAGGAGGAGAAGUAAAAAUAAGAAGAAGACAAGAAGCAGAACGAGUGAAGAGGAAUCAGAUUCUGCAAUGAUGAAUCCGUUGGAUAUGAUACGCUCGUGGGAUAUGAUAGACCUGCAUGCCGAUCAACCACCGCAGCUUCAGUUUGAGACUCCGCCUCUGCCUGAGUCGGUCUGGAAUACGAGUGAAGAGGAAUCAGAUUCUGCAAUGAUGAAUCCGUUGGAUAUGAUACACUCGUGGGAUAUGAUAGACCUGUAUGCCGAUCAACCACCGCAGCUUCAGCUUGAGACUCCGCCUCUGCCUGAGUCGGUCUGGAAUGGGGAAGUAAACAAGAUUUGUGCCGCCAAUGUAGGUGGUUAUCAACCACCUCAGCUCCAGUCCCAGCUGUGUGCCAUGGACGUGAGUGGUAAUCAACCACCUCAGCCGGUUAUUGAUGAGUGUUUGCCGGAAGCUAUGGAGAACCGCCGGCGGGAGGAGGAAGCUGUGAAGAUGAUAGAUGAGCUUUUCGCUGACACAUGUGAUUAUCCACCACUUCAGCCUCAGCCUCAGACUGAGUGGGAUAUGAGGAACAUGUUAGAGCUGAUAGCCGACGUCGGUGGUCAUCAAGCACUUCAACCUCAAUCUCAGCUCUGGACUUGGGAGGAGAACAAAGCCUUUGAGUCGGUUAUUACCAAUUGUUUUCAGGAUGCUAUAAACAACCGCUGGGAGGCCUUGGCUGCUUGUCUCCCGGGCAGGACCCCGGCACAGCUGCAAGAGCACUUUCAGAAGUUGAUGAACGACAUCAAUACCAUUCAUAACGGUUAUCCUACAAACACUCCUCUCAAUGCUGCAUUUGAUAACAUGACCAUCAUGACGGAACACAACCCUCUCUCCAUCCCUAUCAUCAAUGCAACAACACCACCGCCAUUACCGCCUUAUUCGACUGAUCAUCAACAUCACAGCGAGGAGGUAGUGCCUGCUGCAGAGGAGGAGGUAGUGCCCGCCUCUGAAGAGGUGGCAGCACCAACAAAGAAAGGAUAUCAUUGGACCGAAGAUGAGCAUAGGUAUUUAUUAUUAUAUUACUUCUUUUUUCCUCUUUCUUAUUUAUUUAUUAUCUACUUGAAUAUUGGUGUUUACAAAAAAAAAAUGAAGCAACUAGUAUCAACAUAUAAGAGCACUUCCUUGAUUUAGAUACAUCUCUAAUUUGUCGAUGAUGAUUGUAUGUUGUUUACAAUAUAUAGUCUAGCACCUUUUCUUUGUAAGAUCCACUUCACUGCUCUUUUGUUAAUUAAAGCUUUUAUAUAUUAGUAUUUUUGUGCAUCAAUAAAGAGCAAUUUGAGCGAAUUCUAAAGUAAUUUUUUGUUAAUUGUUUAUUUUGUUUUGACCGUGGUUGGCAUAAUAAUGUUUCUGGUUGGAUUGAAAACCAAAAAAGAAAAAAAAAUUGUUUGAUAUCUAAAAAAGAUCGUUACUUUAAAUAGUUUAUGUUUUUGUUAAAAAAUUUUUAGUAUAAAAUUUGUUAAUAGUUAUUUCAAAAAUCAUAUUUUGGUAGGUUAUUUCUUAAAGGGUACCAAGAAGAAGGUUCACACUGGACAAGAAUUUCAAAAUAUUAUGUCAUAACAAAAACUCCUAGUCAAAUUUCCAGUCAUGCUCAGAAAUAUUUUUUACAUAAAAAAGAAUUAGCUGAAGGGAAAAAGCUAAGAAAAAGCAUUUUUGAUGUAAUUUGAUCAUCGUAAGUCAUUUCUUUAUUCUCAAUUAGUUAAUCUAAUUCAAUUUCCACUAAUAUAGAAAAUAUUUAAUUGGCUAUUUUAAACUCUUUUAAGUUAUUAUCCAUAAUAGUUACACUAUUUUAAUUGUUUUUCAAUGUAGAAAUUGUGCCCUAUUCCAAGAUUUUUAAUGGAUGGAGGAUUUGCUUAAAGGAGGAAGAACAUGUAAAUGGUUUAAAGAUUUUAAUUAGGUUGCAAAUAUUUAGUUUCAGUUAAUUGUUAGCUAGUUUUGUAAAUGAACAAUAACCGGAAGAUAGGUUUAAAAAAAUAAUGAUGUCGGAAUAUGCGAUCAUUAUAGAUGUAAUUGUGAUUCAUAAUCUUUUUAUUAAUAAUAUUUGAUUUUCUA